UUGAAAACGUUCAAGUUUUCGGACAGUUAACUUGGAGAUGUAAUGUACUAUUAGUCAUACAUGUAGCUCAUUCUGUCGCACAACUGCACAGUAUCGGCUGCAGCUGGUACCAUGCUGUUCAGACAGCAAGGCAGCCUGCCAAAGAUUGAUCCAAAUACCUCUAAUCUUCGAACUCUAGUUUCAAACUUCCCAGGAGACAACGCUGAAAGGCCCUGGAAGUAUAAAAUGUGGCUGUUUGAAGACACAAAGCACAAGCGAAGUAUCUAGUCAAGGUGGUCGGGUGGACUUCAUCAGACGGUGAAAUCUGAGAAGCAUCCGAUCCAGCUUUUCCCUAGUGGAUACUUCACUGUAUUGCAAGAGGGAUCAAGAUCAAAAACGAAGAACACAUUAAUUCCUAAACAGAAGCUAACGCCGUUCAAACAUGGCGGUAGUGGGUUUGAGAUGUCAGGUCAUCCUCUUUGCACUUCUGAUCAUGGCGUCUGUCGCCUACGGGGCUAAGCUCUCAAAAUCGCACUACUAUAUAACGUGCCCAAAAUUGGAAACCGUUGUACGUAACAAGGUUAACGAGAUAGUGAAUGCCGAUUUGGGAAUGGCUCCAGGCUUACUUCGCCUGCAUUUCCACGACUGCUUCGUCAGGGGCUGCGAUGGAUCAGUGCUUCUGAAUUCCUCCUCCAACUCAGCAGAGAUGGAUGCACCACCAAACGCUGGAUCCCUCAGAGGGUUCGCCGAAGUUGACUCAAUCAAAGCCGAAGUUGAAAAAGCCUGCCCCGGAGUAGUUUCAUGCGCGGAUAUCCUGGCUUUGGCAGCCCGCGAUGCCGUAGUGAAGGUUGGAGGCAAAUAUUGGUCUGUACCUCUUGGCCGCAAGGAUGGUUUCAUCUCUUCCCUGGUUGAAGCCAAUUCUAGCCUCCCGUCUCCAUUCAUGACGUUUGCUCAGCUUGUAGAGAAUUUUGCUGCUGUGGGCCUCAACGCGAAGGAUAUGGUUUUUCUUUCAGGAGGGCAUACAAUCGGUCAGGCUCAUUGCGCUGUCGUGAUCCCUCGCCUGUACAACUUCAGCGGUGUGCCCGGAGCCACCGAUCCAUCACUCGACCCCACAUUUGCCGACAUGCUCAGAACCCUGUGCCCGUCAGACGAGCCUUUGACCUUCGUUGGGCAAAUGGAUGCCACUAAUGGCACAUUCGACAACGAAUACUUCACAGACGUAAAAAGUCAGAGGGGACUCUUCUCAUCGGACGCUGCGCUCCUGACCAGCCCUCUUGGUCGCAGAAUUGUGAGAGAAUCAGCUGCAUACCCUGGCAGUUUCUUGAGAGAAUUCGGAAAGUCCAUGGUGAAAAUGGGCAACAUUGACGUGCUGACUGGAUCUGCGGGAGAGAUCAGGCGAGUAUGCUCCGCUGUCAACAACAAUGGAAAUUACUGAUUCAUCAGAUGCAGAGUAGGGUUUACGAGAACUUCCAAAUAGAUGCAGGAUGCCUGAGACAGGCAUGUGCGGAUAACAUCAACUUUCAUAAAAUGCAUCCCAACCAUUGAAACUCGGUGAGGUCAAUAAGUGUAGAUAGAAGCUACGCAUGAGCUUAAACCUGAGAACUACCUAGGAAGUACGAAAUCGAAACCUGUCCUUUUGAUCUGAUUUGUCUACAUUCUUUGUUCAUAGCAUCAAAUUCUAGCUGAGGAUAUCCAAAUAAAACUCGUUGCAGUUUUUGUAACAUGUACAGUUCAGAGGUAAUAAAAGAAUACUCUUCC